AUGUCCGAUCACCGUGGGGUGCUCAGCCAGCGACAGCGACGGGGAUCACAGAUCAUACUGUGUCCGCCCGUGGGCCUCUGCGCGUCCAGGCCGCGCGCGUCGACGCUGUCUGCGCCCUCCGUUCUUUCCACUGGCAUCACGAUUCAGAGCCAUCUCGUGCUCGUCGCUGCACCCAGAUGGCGGCCCCGCCUUCCCUCUGCUCCCCUCGCCGUGCACGCAGGCCGCCGCAGUCCCGUCCAGCGCACGCACGGCACCCCGCGUCCCCGCGUCCCCGCGCCCACUCGGAGUCGCGAAUUCGUCAGGGGCGACACUCCGCGCUUCUCGGGGACGCAGGACGCGCACGCAACACGCGACACGCGACACACCGCAUCCUCCGCCGCGACCACCACACGCGCGCCGUUCGCGGUUUCUAUCUCAUCGGUAUCUGUCCAGCGCACGACAGGGCCUGCCCGAGGCGCAUCGGCAUCCACCCCCAGCGCACCACGCGCCGCACAUAGUUCCAGCACCGACCAUAGAGAUGGUCACAUCACAGCCGUCCUCAGCCCGCCCGCCCUCCUCCUUAUCCAUAUCCACAUCCACAUCCCCAGCGCCCCCGCCCCACCCCCAUCCGCUGCGAAACCACCCAUCUCAACUCCCCCACCCACACCUGCACGCCCCGCCUCCCGCGCCCCCGCGCCCAUCCAGACGCUCCCCGCCGAGCUCCUCGAGCACGUCCUCCUCCUCGCCGCCCCCGCGUCCCCCGCCGCCCCCGCCGCCCUCGCGCGCACCUGCCGCGCCUUCGCCGCCCUCGUCUACGCCGCCCCCGACCAGCACCUCUGGCGCGCGCUCUUCCUCCGCGCGUGGGACGACCCGCGCGCGCUGUCUGGCGAGGCCGGCGUCAGUAGCCGCGAGGGCGCGGGCGCGGGCAUCGACUGGGGGCGCGAGUACCGGCGGCGCGUCGCGGCGCAGCGCUGGUUCGCGUCCGCCCGCGCGGACGGGGCGGGGGCGGGGACGAUGGGCGCGCACGACGUCGCGCGGACGGCGGACGCGCUCGAGGCGCUCGUCGUGGCAUCGCCACCAACAUCCUCGCCGCGCAGCUUCGCUGUCAACCUCGUCUCCGACCCCUUUGCCCAGCACGCCAACGCCUGCGCCGUCAAUGCGCCCCCGCACGCCAGCAAGUGGGCUCUCAGCGGCCUUACCCAUGCCCCCAGCAUCAGUCCCCCGCGCACGCGCCGAGCAGCAUGGGGAGCUCGCAGCGCGCGCUCAGCCCCCGCAAGACUUGCGUCAUCAAACUGCGCCGGUCCCGCGUCUUACAUCAUAGCGGCGGGGCGAUCUGGAUACAUUCAUAUUGCGCACUGUAAAUUACUCAGCUGCCCGGUGACUAUCUACUCGGACAUAUGGCUUCCGAUACUCGCCUGCAAACUGCCCCGACUCGUCGCGCUUGCCCCACGACUGCCGCGCAUCUAG